AUGCCCGGACCACGACGCCCUCAACUUCGCGAAGCAAAGUUACGGCGCACCGUUGACGUCCCGCACGACAGCGACAACGACUGGUACACCAUCAAGACAAUCCUCGACGAGCGGGUAGUACGGGGUCGGGUCGAAUAUUUGGUCGACUGGGACCAUAAUAGAACGACUGGCGAGACAUAUUCUCCCACCUGGAGCCGAGAAGUGACAGACGCAGCCCGAGACGAGUGGGAGCAGAAAAAGGAGGCACGCGCGACUGAGGCGACUGAGAAUCGCACUCAAGAUAGCCCAGACAGCCAGUCGCCGCGGCCGUCCAACAGGCGAAAGCGGCAGAGACCCCAGGCAGCCGCCCCGUCUGGUGCAUCUCGUCGGCGACGGUCUCCUACCGACGACACCGACGACACCGACGACGUCGACGCCCAUCGCCCCACCAAGGUUGCUAGAGUCUCGCGUGGUGCCACUCCGUCAGAGGAGCCUGUGCCAUCUAUUGUCUCUAUAUCCUCUCCAGCCAGCCUUGACGAACUUGACGGCCUCGACCCUCUUGCCCAUUCGACCUUUGACGCUCGACUCUCCCAGCAGCUCGUUGUUGAGCUGCAGGCCAAGUCGGACUUUGACCCGUCAGAAUACGCCAGCCAACAUAAUACCCAGAGCAGCGGCCAGUCCUCGCAGUCAGUCGCUGAAUUGGAAGAACGGGACGAGCGGAGUCUCCUGGCCUCCCAGCUUACUAGACAAACUAUCCCUGAUUCGCAGGAACCUUCUGGACAGACCUGGACGCAGGAACAGCCGGCCAUAGACUUUGAGCCGUCCUCACAGGGCUCACAGGGCGGAAUAUCUCAGCACCAGACUCAAUCUCAAAUCCAGCCAGAGACUUGUUCCCAGCUGGCUUACCCUGCCGGGGAACUAUCUAGCCCACCUCGCCGCUGGGCUGGUUCCAUAUUCAAAGAAGAAGAAAAGAGCUGCUCGGAUCGAUCCAACGCGAACGCUGACAUCCCAUCCCAUCAACCUGGCCGAGGGGAAGUGCGGUCUCUCAUUGCAAGCCAGGACUUCGCCCUAACGAUACCUGCAACAGAGCCGCCUUCUGUCCAGUCUCCCCAGGGAAACCAAGACCUUGCUGCUGCCUCCGCUAGCAGUCCUGUGUUUCUUUCUCAAGUAGCGGUAGCCCAAUUCAAACUUUACGCGAAUUCGGUGUCUAGCCAAGAAUCCCCUUCUGAAGACACAAAGAAAAACUCGAAAAGCACUGAAGUGCUGAAUGCUGAUUUUCCCGCAGAACUUUGGGGCGAAUCUCACGGCGAGUCCCAAGACGCCCAGGUUUGGCAAAUCAACCCGUUUGUAUCGCAUGUUAGAGCCUUUUCUGUCAGCCACGACGCGGCCAACUCAUCACCCUCGUCAUCCCUAAAGGUGUCCCCAGUUGAGCUGAAGCCUGAGUACGAGUCUCUUUUCGCCCUCGCAAUGGAAAACCAAAAUGCGAAUGAGCCCGCAAACCCGACGCCACGGCCAUCGGCUGUUGAUGAGCUGAGCCAAAUCCUCAACUUCAAUACGGUCGUAGGUGACGGUUCACCACAUCCACGAGAAGGACCCCCUUCCGAACACGCUGCCGAGCGCGCUGCGUCUUUCGAGAUGCCAGCUACCAACUUGAGCAUUCAGGAUCGUCACCAACAACCUUCGCCUGCUGAGCAUGCAUCUCCAGGGCCUCAAAGUGAGCAACUAGAAUUUGAUAUUACCCCCUUGGUUUCCCAGGUCUCUGCCGUGACCUCAAUGAAGAGUAUCGUUGACAAAAUUCUUGCGAAUACAGAUUUAUCUGCCUUUGGCACCAUGAUGCCGGAUGUGUCACAUAAGUCUCAACCCGAAUUGUCCACCAUCUCACUGGCGGACAUCUCUAAACAGCCCGACCUCGCAGCUCCCCUACCUCUAAUGCCAUCGCUACUUUCUCAUGACAACCUUCCCUCUAACACCGUGGGAAGUUCUGGCGUGUCUGUUUCAAUGGGACAACCCCAACAAGAACACGAGUCAAACGAAGAAUCUAGUGAUGAAUCUCCGGAGCCCAUUACCCUGAAGCACAUCAUUACACUGCCUUUCCAGGCUCGCCUGAGGCCGCUGUAUGAUAAAAUUUUGCUUGAUUCAAAGAGCGAUGUUACUCAGUUUGGCGCCAUAUUCAAUAGCGAGGACUGCGCCGAGCCAGACGAAGCUCUCGUUCAGAAGAUUGACCAAGUUUUCAGUCAGCUGCACAGUAUUUGCGACUAUCCCCCAGACGCAGUGGGUGGCGCUCUUGAAGAUUUACCUUCGGAACAGCUCAUCAAAUACUGCUACGACGCGAAUUCCAAGUUCAAUUUUAUAUAUGAACUCCUGCAAGGGAUUCAGAAAGAAACCCACGUUCUAAUUGUAGCCAGCUCUACGGACCUAUUAAGACUUCUCUAUCGUCUAACAGAGGUACUAGAGAUCGAGUGCGUAUGUGUUGAUAUUGGGAAGUUUAAGAGCAGGUUUACUUCGUCAUUAGCCAGGGUAACCCUUAUACUUCCUGGACGGAAUGUUGAGGGAGAUGACUUUGAUGUUGUGAUCGGAUAUGAUCACUCUUAUGGCGGAUCAGAAAUUGCCAAGAAGCUAGAGCCGGAGAUUCCAGAAGCGCGGUCGCCGAUGGUGUUGAUGCUGGUCACCACACACUCUAUUGAACACAUCGAUCUCUACAUCCCUGACGAUUUAACACUCCUGGAGAGGAAGAACGCGCUUAUGUCUGGGAUAGUGCGGUCCAGACAUCUUGUGAGCGACCCCGACCGUGGGUAUCCAGAACCUCACCAGAUUGCCGGCCUGUUCCUCGACUACUUGAACGGACAGGUUGAGGGAAUAAUCUGGGAGCCCUUGCCUGUCCCCGAAGAGGUCAUGGACAUCUAUCUUAACUCUCAAUCGCGCUCGCAGAUGCCUGUCGAAGGGACGCCGGAGGUUGAGAAUGCUCGGAAGCGCAAACUGGAUGAGUCUGACGACGAAGAUGUGAAGCGGAUGCGCAUCUUGUCUCAUAGGCAGUCGACGGUGCAGACGAACGAGGCACCAGUCCCUGAUGAUGUGAAGACGCUGCUGGACUCUGCAAAUAUCGAAAGCACGCCACUCAAGGCUUCCCACGCUCAUAUCAGCGUGCCAAUAUGUGUCCUACAAGCCUUGGCUGAGCAGAAAAAUGAGCUCCAGCGUCAAGUAGAGGUAGCAGACAGAGACGCCGAGUACAAAAGUCUCAUCUCCGGACUCGAGGUCAGCAUCAAGGAGUACCAAAGGACAAACGCGAAGAUGUACUCGUCACAACGGCAGGCCGUGGAAGACCGCGCCAAAUUUGAACGGGAUGCGCUCAAGGCCGAGUCCAACCUGGUCCAGGCCAACGAAACGGGCCGACGAGAUGCAGAAAAGGCCCAAGAGAAGAUUGCUGAUCUCGAGGCAAUCGUCGUCCGCCUGACCGCCGACCCAUCCAACCCAGACGAGCCGUCGCCUCUAUCCAAGACUCAGUCCUAUCUUCAAGAAUCCCUCGAUAGAAUCGCCAUGCUGGAGAAGCGCCUUGAAAACGCCCACAAGGACGCCGACUACGCUCGCAGACUUUACCAAGAAGCUACCACUGCAUCCAGCGUUCUGCGCGGCGAAAAUGCCGACCUCGUUGAACAAGUGGCCGAUCUGUCCAAGAAGACGGCCGAGACACUCGGCAAGGUUCACCAGAUCCAGGCAGAUGCCACAAUCAAGACGUACCUCCAUCAGAUUCGGGAUCUGAGGGCGCAGCUUCGCGAGCGAGAGCUGGAGCUGGACUUGGCCAGGGAGGAACUGCGGACACUGAGGAACGGACGGAGGGAGACUAGACACGUGAGCGUGCCGCGGAGCCCAAGGAUGGGCAUGAUGAGUCCGAGGACGGGGAGGGCGACAUACGGCAGCGCAGGCGGUUCGACUAGCAGGGGGACGAGUCCGGCUCCGACGAGCACCGAGGGGGGUGUGCUUGCGGGGAUGCAGUUUCUGGGGCAGCCGCCGAAUGGGAGGUGGCAGCAUCUCAGAGGUUGA